AUGAAAACAAACAAGCAAACAAACAAACAAAUAAACAUAAAAGCAGCGCACGAGUUCUUGCCGAUGAAGCAGAUGACAUCAUCAACUUCUCAGGAGCAGUCAUCAAACUCGAAGAGCAACAUCACCAAGGAUGAAAUAACAAAAGACGCAUCUUGUUCCAAUAGUAAGAACUUCCACGGCUCCUGCCCCAGCACCGGCGCAGAAAGAACGUCACUGCAGAGCAGGCCAGAAGAUCGGCUUCUUCACGCAAGUUCAUCUUGCACUGACGCAGCUGCUUGUUCCACCACAUCGACUACUAGCACCACCACGUCAAGUAGAACGACCCCAGUAUCUUCACGUAGAUCAACCGCCUGGUACCAAUCGCUUUACGACCCGAGGAAGAUCUUUUGUGUGGACUGUAAACCGAAACACGCCAUCUUGCUCUCUGUGAACAUGGUGCGAAAGAUAUUUUUGAGCUGAAUUUAUUUUCCUGAUG